UAUAAUCAUAAAAUUCGUUACUUUCUAAUAAAAGACAUAAAAGACAACAUGCGCUUCUAAUAGUAUCGUUUCUUGCUAUUACCUUUAAAAUAGUGAGAAAAUGAAAGCAGAAGCGUAUCUCUUCAUACUAACAGUAGGAUUUUCUGCGGCUGAAAAUCUUGCGAGGAACAAAAUAUCAUAUCAGUAUACUACAAACUCUAAUAACUAUCCUAUGUACGGAAACGAUGAUAAAAUCAGCAUUGAUUGCUUGGCACCGAAUAAAUGUUCAAAAACUCACGGAUUAACAAACGAAAUAGCUUGGUGGACUGUUGAUUUGGAAAAAAUUUAUCAUGUUCAAAAAGUUUGCGUGUUAAAUGUCAAUUUUGAUUCAUAUACAGAUUUGAAAGAUAUAAAGAUAUACGUAUCGGAUCUUCCUGCAAAUGAAACGAAUUUAUGUAUAGCUUCAACUGGAACUGUUAAACGUCCAGUUUCUACAGCAUUUUCAGAAUAUAAAUGCUUCGAAUGUUUAAACGUUGUUACAGGAUCAUUCGUAACCUUAAAACUUAAUGAAAGCGGUGACAGCUUAAAUUUGGCUGAUGUUCAAGUGUUUGGUUCCUUUGAAGCUGAAAGAUCUUUCAGCUAUUUCAAACCGAAAAUGGAGAGACAUUAUCACGGGAAAUCCUGCGACGUUAGAUACGCUUAUCAAGCUACGGAUGGAAAGUACACAUCUCACGCAGUUACACGAUGUCAAGGUACCGUUAUGAUGAAAAGGCCUUAUAUUCGUAUUGAUUUUGAAAAAGUACUAAAACUCUUCGGAAUAGUUUACAUUCCAAGACGGGCAGAUAUCUCUUAUCGGAGAACAAGAGACAUAUACAUAACUAUGAAAAAUACUCCAGAGACAUAUUUCGAUCCUGAUAUUCAAUAUUGUAUUAAGAACUUCUUUGCCAGUAGCUUUCUAGGCUAUUUUCAAACGCACAUUCUCUGGUGUGAAAAAAUUGUCAGCGGUAGAUAUUUCACUCUCGUUAGGGACAAGGUUGGAGACACAACUGUUGUCCUGGAAACAGCUGAAAUAUAUAUAUACGCCGGUGAAGAUACAAAUCCUGUUAAAACAAACGUAAACAACAAAAAGAAUUCCAUUAUUAAAAUACUAGAAGAUAAUUCAAACGUUGAUACUAUGGUUUACGAUAAUAUAUAUUUUAAUCCCUCUGCAGCAUAUGAAGUAAAUCUUCCAAGUAACAUAGAAUGGAUUAUCAGUACAAAUGCUAUAGGAAUAAAUUCAGUUUGUCUCACAGUCGCUCAUGAUAAAAUUUCUUUAACAACAAACCAAAUAUACGUUAGAGAUAUGUUGACGGAUAAUAUUUUAAAGGGAGAAACACCAACUGAUUUCAGAUACGAACAAACUCUUUGCGUUGUCUUCAAUUUUACUUUUACAAAGGAAAUAAAGAUUUUAACAACUCAAGGAAAACCUAUCGCUGAAGUUGAUUUAAUGGCUGAAUCUUUUAUUUAUAAAGGAGGUAAUUGAAAAACAUAAAAAGAAAUAACGCACAAUUGCAUAUUAAAUAUUCUAUCUUAUUGUUAGGUAAUACCAAAUGUAAAUCGUAUCUUGUGGAUACGAUUUCCUUUAGUGUAUCAGAAAUUAAUCCUUGGAUCUACGUACAAAUUGAAGCCGAUUCUUUUGAACUGUCGCCUGAUGUUGUUUUAGAAUCAACUUUAGAUAAAGUUCAAAAGCAUUGUUCAAAGAUUUCAAACACGGAAAUAUCAACUUCAACAGUAGAGUUUUUUAAGUGUGCCAACUCUGGAAAUCAGUUAAAUAUCUAUUCAAAAAUAGUUCAAACGAAUUCCUACGUAUUAAAUGCAUAUAAAUAAUAAUAUUACCAAAUACCUGUGUUAUGAAGAGAUGAUAACUCCUAAUCAAAACUCAAAUACACCUAAUGAUAUCAUUACGAGAAUAUUUGAGUACAUAAUACAUUAUAUAUUAUUAUUAUUCAUUUGAUAUAUGCCUAUCUGUUUAUUAGUUUAUCUUAAGAAUUGUGUAAAUUGUAUCUAUUAGGGUUUUAAAUGUAUAUAGAUGAUGGUUUGUUAUGAUUUGUAUAUUUUAAAUUUCUAUAUUAUCUAGGUAUAC